GUUUUAUUUAUUUUCCCUCCCUCAUUUUUACAAUUUUACAAAUGCAUCAAAUUAAAAUUUUAACAUGUUUAUUUGUUUUAUUACAACUUUGUUCAAUCAUGCCCUUUUGUUCUUCCCAACAAUUACAACAAAUAAAAAGGCAUUCGUUUAGAGAAACGUGUGUUGACGAACAUGAUAAAGAUCUCAUUUCUUGUAUAGUCUCUGCUGUUGAUUGUUCCAUAAAUAUUGAAAAGCUUUUUCCUCCCUCAACUAACAACAAUUUUCCAUCGGAAGCACACGAUUUAAGAAUUGAACCUUUUACUAAAGCAACCCCACAUAAAGGGGUAAAGAAUGCUGGAAAUGAAAGUAAUGAUCAUCAACAACAUCAUCAAUUACAUGUUGAUAUUUCCUGGCAAAUACCCCCAAAUAAUUCUACAAAAGCAUUGAAAGGUUUUUUGUUGGAAAUUGAUGGAGAAAAUGGGAGAAAACAUGCCUGUUUUUUAUUAAAUGUUUCAAAAACUGUGUGGAGUAGUGAAAAUAUUGCUGCUUCGCCACGUCUACACUUUUCUACUGAUUCGCUUUUUAAUUUUGGGCAGAGCUACCAAGUUGAAUUAUUCAGUUUGCCAGAACGUAGUGCUGGUUCAGGUGCCUCAGUCCACAAUCAAUUCAAAACUCCCCACCAUCCUAGCGGUUCAGAAACAAAUGUUCUAAACCAACAACUAAUAUCUCCAAACUGUACAAAAGUUGCAAAUCAAUUUGCCUCAAAAUGGACAGCUGGUUUUAGACACAUUUAUGUUCACUCUGCUGCGCGUAUUUUGCAAGUUGAAUUUGUUGGGGCUCCUCCACAAUUUUGUUUUGAACAAUAUGAGGUCCGACUUUUGGACGAAACUGGUCAAGAACUACUCUACUUUGGUGUUGUACCAGUUGAAGAAAUGCAAAAGAGUGGAAGCCUAAUUUUUGGAACUUAUAAUUUUACUAAUUUAGAGUAUGAUAAAAAUUACAUUCCUUCUGUAAUUCCUGUUGAGAGGGCAGCAGAUGGUCGUUGUUUAUGUCCAGUUUCCGGAAAGCCUUAUGAUGCGACUGCUGUAUGUUCUUGUGUAGCAGCUGAUUGGCACUCUGUUAGAAUGACUCGUCCUGAUGUACUCAAACUCUGCCCUGGUUGCCCUUCUCAAAACGACACCCUCGCUUUAUUAUCACCUCCAGUCAACUACGAAAAUUCUUUGCGAGAUCAGGGGAGUAAUUCGACAUUAUGGAUUCUUUUGUUGGUUUUUAAUUGUUUAUUUUUGCUACUAAUUUUCCUUCUAAUUGCCGCCUACCUCCGUUGUCGCAUUUUUGGCUCCGCCCCCUACAAGAACCAGUUCCGUCGUAUCCGGUUUAUACCUACUACAAAUACACAACAACAGAAUCAUUGUUUACCUCAAAUAUCCAAAAGCUCUCCCCCAACUUCUCUCGCUGUUUGUACCAACUUGGCACUUGGGACAGUCUCUACGAGUUGUAACUCGUCCUUAGCUGUGCCGUUAAUUUCUAGUGAAUCCGAAGAAAGUGAAGAACAAAAGAAGGGAGAAUGGACAAAUCUAACAUUAUUAAUUAUUUAUUCUCAUGAUUGUAAAAUGCAUGAACAAGCAGUGUUGGCACUAGCGGAGUUUUUGAGAGAUCGUUUUGGUAUUAAUGUAAAGUUAGACCGUUGGGAAACAACACAAAUUGAUUCUAACCUAACCGAUUGGCUGUCAGCUUCAGUAAUUUCUGCAGACAAAGUUUUAAUCAUCAAUUCUGAAGGCGCUUGGGAGCGUUACUUGGCUAAAAUAAAUUCUCAUAGUCAUUGGGUUUUGGAACGUAAUGAUAAAGGUCUACUUGACCAUCUCUUUUUAGCUCAUAUUGACUUGGCUCUUCAGCAUCAUUCAAUCGUUUCUACUCGUUUUGCUUAUUCAAAGGCAGAAAAAACUUUACCGUUGCUUCAGGGACGCCUUCAAUAUAUUCUUCCUGAUAAUAUUAGUCCUCUUAUUUCUGCACUUUUUGGACAGAAUUUGCGACAGGAUGAACGACUCAGUUCUUCUUCAUUAUCAGAAUAUUCACAAUUUGUUAAAUUGAAUGAAUGUGUUAAGGAAAUGGGUGAAUUUAUUAAACUAAAGCCUAAUUGGUUUGCUUUGAGUCAUUCAAAAAUAAUAACGAUUGUUGAUGAAAGAGAAGAAAAAGGUGAAGAAAAAGGAAGAAAAGAAGAGGAAAAGAAAGAAGAAAAAAUAAAAAUUGAAGAAGAAAUUAAAAUUGAAGAAAAUUCAGAAAUGUCAGAGGAAGAAGAAAUAUCCUCUGAAAAACGAAAAGAUACUAUUGGAGAAAGUAGUGGAAGCAGUACGGCUAAACUUGAUAGUGGAAUAUUUGAUUGGACUGGGAAUGAAGAGGAAAUGGCUAGCAAUAAAGUUAUGAGUGGUGAAUUACAAAAGCAAACAAAUAAUUGUUCUCCACAUAAACUAUCUUUACCUCUUCCCAAUAUUGGAGUAAAAACAUUUCCGGACAGUAUUAAAAGUUAUAAUCAAAACAGUGACGAUUCAGGAAUAUUAACAGCAGAUUCAAUAAAUUCAACAGACAAAUUUCAACAACCAAAAAACAAUUUAAUAGACGAACAGAAGAGGAUUAUUUAUUUAAGCUAA